GCAUACCCCUCAAUAAUAAGGGGGGUGUUAAACUAUGAGGAGAACUGUUGUGUUGGAACUUUUAAAAAUCAACAAAACGUCAAAGAAUUGAAUUUAUUAAUCGAAUAAAAAUAUCUCUGAAAAAUGGCUUUAAUGACAAUGAUUGCUAGAACAAUAGACGGUCUUCCGCUUGUCGGGACGAUGCAGGAGAAUGAAGAAUCGGGGAAAAGUGUACUGGAAUAUCAAAAUCAGGCAAAAAUGUUGUUUAGAAAGCUUGGUCCUAACUCACCUGCUCGUUGCACAUUAGAGACUGGUCCAUAUCUAUUCCACUAUCUCAUUGAGAACGAAGUUUGUUAUUUGGUGUUAUGUGACAAAAUGUUUUCGAAACGUAUUGCUUUUAACUACCUUGAGGACCUCGCUCAAGAAUUCUAUAAUAAUUACGGAAGAAAAAUUAACACAGUCACCAGACCGUAUCAGUUUAUUGAAUUCGAUAUUUAUAUUCAGAAAGCGAAAAAAUCACUAACAGAUAGACGAAGAAACAUUAAUACAAUAAAUAAUCAGCUUCAAGAUGUACAACGCAUCAUGGUGCAGAAUAUUGACGACGUCUUACAGCGCGGUGCAGUGCUUUCCGAACUCGACACAAAGACACAAAACUUAUCGAUGCUUUCACAAAAAUACAAGAAAAGUGCAACGCAAUUAAACCGUCGAUCAAUGUAUGUUAAGGGAGCCAUAGCUGGAAUUAUUCUACUGGUCUUUGGCAUGUAUUUCUGGGUGUUCUGAGCAGUCUCAUUACAUCAAUUUUUUGAUAUUUAUUAUUCAAUUCAAUUUCAAAUCUAUUUUAUAUGCUGGUUCCGUAAGGGUAGAAUAAAGAAACAAUCAAAGUUUAUGAAGCAUUU